GUUCGUAGACUCAAACGUCAAAACGAUAUUAUUCCAAACUGAAUACUCAAUAACUUUAUUCUUAUCGUUUAAAAACUAUUCGAUACAUUUGUUAAAUAAUGUGACAGCCCUCCCAACGCAGUAGAGGCUCUUUUUAAAUAACUCUUUAAGAGUUCAACCAUUAAACAGUUUUGUACCGCUGACAGAAUAGCAUUCACCAUUUGGACUACAAUCGGAAAAAAACUUUUUAAAAAAUAUCGGGCUUCUAUAAAGACUUAUCAUGUCUAAAACCAAAGAUAUUACCAAAUUCUCAGAUGAACAACUGCAAGAAUUUCUAACGUCUUUCGACAUAGUGCUGUGCGAUAUCGACGGAGUUAUAUGGCAACUCAAUAAACCUAUUGAAGGUGCUUCUGAGUCUUUAAAAACAUUGCAAAACUUAGGAAAACAAGUGUAUUUAGUAACGAAUAAUAGCACAAUAUCGUUAAACAGUUUUUAUGAGAGCAUUCAAUAUAUCCGUUUAAAUUUAACUUCGAACCAGGUAAUCAACACCAUAAAAAUAAUUAUUUGGUAUUUAAAGAAGAUUAAUUUUUGCGACGAAGCUUUAGCCAUCGUUCCAAAUGAAUCUCGGAAAAUUUUGAUAGAAGCAGGAAUACGAUUAACAGAGCAACCAAAAGCUUUUAUAACAGAUCCGAAUGCAACUAUAAAAGAUGUCUUAGAUCGACCAUCCGUUAAAGCUGUAAUUGUUGAUUUUGAUGUCACUUGCAAUUGGUCAAAGUUAGCUUUGGCUAUAUCAUGCCUCAAACGUAAAGAUGUACUGUAUAUAACAGGAGCAACAGACGAAUGGUACCAAAUACAAGCAUCACCUCAAAUUAAAAUCUUGGGUCCUGGACCAUUUGUGAACAUUAUUAAUGCACACAGUGGAAAAAAACCGAUUCAAUGUGGAAAACCUAGUCAAAAUUUAAAAGACUAUCUUUUGGAUAAAUGUAAUGUAACAAAUUUAGAAAGAUGUUUAGUCAUUGGCGACUCGGCUAAGCAAGACAUGAAGUUUGCUUCAAUGUACGGAUGCAUAAAACUUUUGGUCGGCACGGGAAUUAAUACAUUGGAAGAGUCCCAAAAAGAAGAUGACACUUGUCCAGAUUACUAUCUUCCUAGCUUAAGUCAAUUAUUUUCCGCCAAUAACGCUUAACAAUGUUAAUGUAUUCAAUCACAAAAAUAAUUAAUAAUUUAAGCUCUAACAAAGAAAAAAA